AUGUUUGAUGUCCAUGUCUUCUCGUCCCAGACACAGGCAUGGAAUAGCAAGGUGGCAUUGCUGUCUUUAUCAGAGUCUGAGAACAAAUUUUUUUGUAGGCAUGAUACCUGCAAGCAGAUCACGAUUGGUAGCUCACUGGGCUGGGUUGAUCUCUUGCGUGGUAUUCUUGUAGUUCACAAAGUGUUUGAUGAAUAUCCUGUGAUCAAAUACAUCCCAUUUCCUGAGUCAAGGCCUUUCUCCCCAGACAAGGAAGAAUCUGACGCUCCUCAAUAUUUUCGAGAUGUGGCCUGCUGCAAUAAUAUGAUCAAGUUUGUCCACAUAGAAUCUCAUGACCCUUGCUGCACUGGAAAUAAAGAUUGGAAAGCCACCACAUGGAAUAGGAAGCUUUCUUGGGGAGAUUGGCGUCAGCGAUUCACAGUUAAAGUUGAUGAUAUCUCCGUCGACCAAAGUUAUUCUGCUUUAUUGCCUGAGCUGUGGGACAGCGAAACAGGAAAGUUAGAUCUGAAGAAACUAAAUUUCUACACCCCCACCCUCAGCAUGUGCGAUGAUGAUUUUCUUUACGUCAUGUCCAAGGUGAAUGAUGAAGACGACAAGGCCUGGGUCAUCACAGUUGAUAUGAAACAUGAGGUUGUGCAAGCAGUGGCCCCAUUUUCUGCUGGAGACAUGGACUUCCUCCCAAUGUACUGUCCAUGCUCUUUCCCCAAGUACCUCAACAUGACCCCAGGGGCAGAGAUAACCAAUCUAGUGCACAAGUACUUUAAGAGGAUGGAGGCGGAGAAAUGUACUGUGGAACUGCUGUGGACUCAAGAUUGGCUCAUGGAACUUGAUCAAUGCUUGGAACUUGAAAGGUCAAUUUACAUGGAUCACAGAUCACUACAAUGGUGUCCAGUGUCGUCUCUACGUUUCAAUAUUCGAGCAGUGGUAGAAUAUGCUUCCUCUAUUGGUCAAGGCAAAGCUGCCUCCAGAGCUGUGGAUGUUUGCUUACGAGCUUUGGAAGAUCUCAACUGCCUACUGCGUAAGCUGCCGAGUGAUGCUUUACUAUCUCCUGAAGCCAUGAGGAACAACAUCACUAACGCCCUUGAAGCUUUAGAGAAUGUUUUGCAAAUUGCGCCACCACCAAUGAUGGCGGGAGGAACAAUGAUGGAUGAAGCAAUGACGCCUGCAAAUGCCCCAAAGAGACCAAAACCAAUAUUUGAACGUGGCAAGAAGCCAGGCCAUAAAACUGAGCACAUGCAGCCUGGCGGCAAGUUAUCCUAUGUUCGUGGCAAGAAGGCAGGCCACAAAAUUGAGCCCAUGCAUCAGGCGGACCUUGACCGGCAACUGGAACUCAACCUCCAUGGCUCUUGGGGUCCCUGGUUGAGUUCUUUGCCCCAAGAUGUUUGGUUCAUUUUGGCGAUUGCUUUCAGUGCACUAGUACGUGCAUGCUUGCGAUAUCUAAAUUAGUAAUCUUCAUGCAAAGCCAAAGAUAUUCUAGGUGCUACUUCUUGCUUUAUUGCAUGUAAAUAUUUGGUUGUUGGUUACCGUAUGACGAGCCUGGUUUGUAUUAAGCAGUGGGUGUUAAUUGAAGCCAAGUUCUGUAGCUCACUUUCUGUAUUCCUGUUCGCGGGUGCUUGCUGUGUGAAGCGGCUCACUUGAAUGA